AAAAGAUCAAAAAAAUCCGUUUUGCAUUUGAGAAAUAGAAAAGGCAACGAAUCACUUCUAGGAUAGUGACUUAGGAGUGCAGGCAAACUGCUUGCAUUGAUAGAACUCGAUCCAUUUCGUGCGAAUUUUUGGGAACACACAGCUGCAUUGAUACUUUCUCGCGGUGCCAUUGCCAAGAGGCGUUAAUAACACCAGCAAAAUGUCAAAAGCGCCGUCAGCGGGUGAAGGCGAGUCGGGCAUGGCUUACGUGUCCGUAGAGGAGAAUAUCGAUGUAAAACGUGGAGCAACCGCGACUGCGCUCCGUGUAGUUGCAGGGGAACCCGGGAGUGCGUCGGAAGAAAUGACAGGAACGAUAUUAACGCACCAAGGGCCUCCUGAAAGCGGAAGCGCGAAGGAGCAGCUGUUUUCCGCAGCGGAACUAGCUUUUUAUCGCCGCUUGUUUGAGUCUGCUCCCGACGUCGAUUUAGAGGACGGACGACAGUUCCUAGCUGGUGCGCCAGCGGCCGCACUGCUCGCCAAAUCAAACCUACCCAGAAAGUUAAGCACUUGUUUACUACGUGUAAGUUUAGAUAAUCAAUAGAGAAGGUAGUGGAGGAGAAUAGAUAUAAGUACUGGUAACGGUUAUUCUUGAAGAUGAAGAGUAGACAUCUUGGUUGUAGAAGAACUUCUAAAGGGUCGUAUUCAUUAAAUCAACUAGGCAAUAGAAAACAUGAAUCUAUCAUGUAUGAUACAAAGAAAUGAUGUAUGCUUAUACUUACUUCGUUCUAGUGUUUUUUUUGUUGAGUUUGUCGCAUAAAAGCUCUAAUUAGUGCAUUGCAUGAUAUCUGGAGGAUCGCUGACGCGCGAAACGAGGGUCGCUUGGACUUUGCGUCGUUCUGUGUCGCUUGCCGCCUCACUGCGCAUGCACAAGGAGGGCUGACUAACAUCAGCGACGAUCUGACUUCUGUGGAGCCGCGAGCACCACUGCAACUAGGAACGACAACCACGAGCACCAAUGCGACAGGCUCAACGCCAACGCUUUCCCCAGCGGCAGCGAGCGUCUCAACGGCGUCCCAAUUACGACCGUCCACGACGAACCUCUUGCCGCGGACCGCUUCAGCGGGAGUAAAUGUAGUACUUAAUUUCUGUAUUUAUAAUAUAAGAUAAUACUUCUUCAACUUGUCCUCGUACAACAAGGUAAUAAUCAUGACAUCACUAUCUUGAGCCGCAGGAGGGGGUAUGAUUAUCGUCUAACCUGGUCGUCCCCUUUGGUGUCAGUCCUUUUUCCAAAUAUUAGAAAGUACUAAUUUAUAAUUCAUCUCCUUCUAUCUUACCGUACUUGUACUAGGCUGUGGAUUGGCGUCCUACCGAUAGCGAGUUGUCCAAGUAUUUGCAAGUUUUCCGCGCAACUGAUAUUGGCAGCUCUGGAUACCUCGAUAGCAAUGCAGCGCGCAGCCUCUUCGCGAAAGCUGGCUUGAGCCAGACAGAGCUAGCCGUCAUCUGGGAACUCGCUGAUCAGGACCGCGACUCGCGUUUGAAUGUAAAUUAAGGCCCUGGCAAAAGGAAUGGAGAAAGUCCCGAUAUGAAUCAGGAGCAUCAAUCCUAAUUCGUGGAGAGCCAAGGUCAACAAGAGAAAGUAGGUAGCAACCUCGUCGCAACUGCCAUCCGAUUGCCUAGUUUAGUUCGUUUUUAGUUCUAGAGUAAAACCAAGAGUAGAAAUUAACUCACCACCACUCAAGAGUAGUUACCCCUAAUGUUCGGAGUUUUGCGUCGCGAUGCACUUGAUCACGAAGUGUAGUGUCGAAGGUAUACCCUUACCGUUGACGCUGCCAAGUGAGUUGAGCAAUUUCAGUUUGCCGGCCAGUAGUCCGGCGCCUCUGCCCGCAAGUAGCAUCUUUAAGGCUAAAGUUGACUCGUCCUUGUUGUUCAUAGCUUCCAUUUGCAGAAAGAAUCCACCUCGUCGAUGAAGGGGCAUGAUUGAGAAAAACCUAGCUUUAGUUGUAGCACUAGUACUUCUAACAUUACUAGUGGCGUGGCGGCAACGAGUACCGUUCAAAGCGCGAGGGAAGCAGUCCAAACUGAACAGCAGUCGUCAGCGUCUUCAUCGAGCAGCGGUCCAAAUGCGCGUGCGAUCGCACUUUCUUCGGCGAGCCCUCGCUUGGUGUCGCCAGUGACGGCGCCCUCCCCGCGAGGGGGCACGGAGCAGGCUGGCGGCGCUAGCAGCAGCACAGCAGGGGUAGGAGCCAGUGCAGGCGUGUUCAGUAAUUAUGUCGGCUCUGCGACGUCGGCCCCAGUAUCGGGCAAGGGCGUUCCCAUGACAUCGUCUACACAUUUACAACUCCCGGUCAGCAACGGGGAGUCGGGGACUGCCGCAAAACCUCCACUUUCGCAGGACACUCAAGGCGGCGAUGAUAAUGCUGCCCAGGCGAAUAAGACAGGAGGUGAUUCCAUUUCCUUAUUUUUUUGCCUUUUCCUAGUCCUAGAUAGAUAGACUAUCUACGGUAGGUAAUACUAGAACGAGGGCUACGUCAUCAAGAUGUUUUUGAUGAUGCCCGCGUGACUAACAACAAAUAUUCGUGGAGGACUCAGUACAUUCAGAUGAAAUGUAGCAUUGUAAUCGGAGAUAUGGGAAACGUUCUAUCGAUAUCGAACCUCCAUAGAGCAAUAAGAACGUGUGCCGAUGCUAUUGAAUAAGUUACAGUUAGUACUUUCUGAUGUAUGACACAGGUGGUAUGCUGACGCGGGCGUGGAGGGCAGAGGCAAAGAUCAGCAAUCAAGAUCUGAGUCGGGCCGAAAUCGAAUUUCUGGAAGAGAGGGCGCAUUUAGAGCUACAACUGAGGAGAAAGCGCGACUUUGAGCGGGCAACGACCAAAUUGCGCCAUCAAAUUGAAGAUUUACAGGUAACAUGAUAAAGAUAAUAUACUCACUCAUUUUAGUUUUUUAAUACAUGUUUGUUUUCCUCGCUAUGCUUGCUGGUGCGGUGCUUGUCACUACGUUUUUUCUUUUUUUCCUUCCUCGGACUUUGGAAUGUGAUAGUGGUAAUCAUUACUUGUACUUUUGAUUACAGGCGAAAUCUGAACAAUAAGUCUAUUGUUCUUAUUUAAUAGGCACACCAGAGCUUAAAAGACGUCGAGCGUGCGAAAUUAGCAAACCGUUUGGAAGAACUCGACGCGAGCCAUGAAUUUCUUCGUUCUCAAGUGGAGCAAGUCGAGAAUGAUGUCCUCCUCCUAUCAGAGCUGCAUCAGAUUAAGGCUACUAGAAUUGGCAGUUUAGUCCUUUGUUUUUGCUUCCUCCGAUAAGAUGCCGCACUGGGCAUCAUAGAAAUGCUGUCGCUUCUUAUCAUGUGAAUUUCUAAGAUCAAUAACAGCCGGGAAAAUAUUCCUCCAUUGACGCCAAGCAGUAACUUCGAGGAAUUUCGCAGUAAAGCUUUGCAGACGGUGCGAUUGGAUCGGUACUUUUGACAUACUCUUUUUUUCCUUGCAGGAUGUCCUUACUCACUUACGCCACGCACCUUUUCUGUCAAUAUUAAGGUCCCUCUCAAGUAAUUGCUUCUCUGAAUCUGAUAGGACCUUUUUCUUCUCAUAAUCUCAACGUUACGUCUUUUUAGUACACGUGAUUCUUCACUCAGUCUCAACGUGUCAAAAAUUUAGGGAGAUGGCGCGGCUAGACAGUCAGAAGGUAGAGGAGUUGCGAGUAAAAUUGAAGAUGAUGGACCGCGAGCGGAAGCAGGUGACGCAAAAAACACCUCCUUUGCUCGAGAAAUUCAGGCAAAUUGAGCAAGAUAGGAGUUUGCUGAUGGCAAGUACUUCUGUUCGUAUACUAUAAGUUUGAUUCUAAUGCGAAUGCUAGAAGGGACUGCAUAAGACGUCCUUGACCUCAGAUGCACGACUGUGCACUUCUGUACUACGUAAUAUUGUACGGCUUUUUAUUUUUACGGACCGUUGAUCUAGUCUUUUUUUGCUAUGUUGUAUCAGGUGUUGACGCGGAGAGGUCGAAGCUGCUUCUGUUGCGAGAAGAAAGGCUGAAGCUGCUGACAGAGCGUUGUGAGCUGAAGGCGAACGAGGCUCGCCUGAACGAAGAGCUUGCGAGCAAGCCCACCUACCUUCAGCAGACAAAGGCCCAGCAUGACCUAACUUAUGGAGAACACUUAUUGCUGACGUCGCCCAACAAUAUUUAUAUUUAUGUGCAUCUUUGUCUAUCUAUGGAGGUUGGAGUUGACUAUCUUUGCCUGUUGUGUCUUUGGUCUACUCGCAAAAAAUUGAAAAUCAAUACUGCCCUCAUUUGAUGAAGACAAACUGACAACUGACAUUUGUCAAAGUCUGAGGAUGAAAUUUGAAUGUCUGAUCUAAUAACUGUCUUUCUCGGCUUUGGAAAUGCCAGCGCUGAAACAGUGGCAGGCUUUCGGAUCGCAAACUCCGGACGUUGAUUGGACGCAGAACUUCAAUGGAGCUCCCAGAUGGGAGAGCUUCAAAGAAUAGAGCAGAUAUUGGGAAACGAGAUGGGUUCUUUCAUGAUGAUCGGGUUGAAAGUUGAACCAAGCUGAUCUUCGUUUUAUAUUUCUACCUUUUUAGAAGUAUUCGUUUCCGUUUCAAUCAUAACCCUAGCCGAGUACAGUGGUUGACUGCAGCCAAUGGAUAGAGUUUGCGUUUAUCUAAGGAAUCAUCUCUGCUUUCCACGGCUGGAAACAUCAUCAAGUAUGCACGCGUUGUAGGAUUGAUGCUUUUUUUGCGAUUUAUGGUGUGAAGCGACGCUUUGUGUGGGUACUGAUAAGCAAGCGAUUCAUCGCGUGUUCGAUCGACUUACUUAUUCGAAGUUUGUUCAUCUACAACCAAGCAGUUUACCUUAGCUAGAGCUCUGGG